AUGCCAGAGGCAACAACAAAUACUUCCUUCUCAGUCGAACCUGGUUGUCGUUGUUGUUUCUCCGUCAGGUUGGUGAAAAUAAAGGAGUGGGUGGACAGUCACGACCCCGGAGCCUUGGUCAUCCCCUUCAGCGGCAACCUGGAGAGUCAGCUGCAGGACAUGAGCGAAGAGGAGAGACAGAAGUGCUGCAAGGAGCACAAGACGCAGAGCGCCCUGGGCAAGAUCAUCAAGGCAGGCUACGCGGCCCUGCAGCUGGAGUACUUCUUCACCGCCGGCCCAGAUGAGGUCCGCGCCUGGACCAUCCGGAAAGGAACUAAGGCUCCACAGGCUGCGGGGAAGAUCCACACGGACUUCGAGAGGGGCUUCAUUAUGGCAGAAGUAAUGAAAUUCCAGGAUUUUAAAGAAGAAGGCAGCGAGAGCGCUGUCAAGGCAGCUGGGAAAUACAGACAGCAGGGAAGAAACUACACCGUUGAGGAUGGAGACAUCAUCUUUUUCAAAUUCAACGCACCAAACGCACCAAAGAAGAAGUGACUUGGGAAGGAUGUUGUUGAUGUUUACACAACUGACUUUAUUUUUCUUCAUUUUUUUGGGGGUCGGAUAUAUGCAGUGUCAUCAAAGUAUUCACAACCCUUCACUUUUUCCACAUUGUGUUACGUUACCGACCUAUUCUGAAAUUGAUUUUGGUAAAGUUUUCUUUUGAAACAAAAAAAAAAAAAGUCUACUCAGAAUACCCCAUAAAGACAAUGUGAAAAUGUCAUGGUUGUCAGACAUGUUUGGAAAUGUAUACAAACCUUAACAUUUAACUAUAACAGAUAUGUAAGUAUUCACACCCUUUGCUGUGACAAAUGCUGCUCAGUUGCAUCUGAUUUCCAUUGAUUUUCUUUCCCUUUAGAUGUUUCAUUCUGCAACUUGACAGGAGUCCACCUGUAUUAAAAUUCAACCGAUUGAACAGAAUUUGAAAAGGAACUCAUUUGUCUUAAUGAGGUCUCAUGUUGACAGUGGAUAUCGCAGCACAAACCAAGCGAUGAUGUCGGCCUCUGAGAUUGGUUUGUACUUUCGUUCUGUUCGCACUUUGUGCAAACAAAAUGACAAUAAAGAUAUCUAUCGAUCUAUCUUUGUCUCAAGGUACAAAUCUGAAGAAGGGGAAAAAAACAUAUCCACAUCACCUAAUGUCCUGAAAAGCACCAGGACCUCUUGUGGAUUUGACCAAACCGAGUAAUCAGAACACAUGGUAAUUUAGGUGGAGCUCCAAUCAGUGCUUGUGGAGAAAAGACCAUCCAGAAGGUCCUCUUUCACUAGCCCUCCCCAUCAGUCAGGUCUUUAUGGUAGGGUGGCCAAACAGAAACGACUCCUCACAAAGAUGCACAUGGCAGCCAGCUUGAGUUCUCCUCAAACAAACACUUUUUUGGGCAGGAGAAACAAAAGAAGGCCUCCAGGAUCCAAAACAAAUCUUUUGUGCCUGAACUCAAAGCAUCUUGUCUAGAGGAAAACAGACAUCGCUCAAUACUUUGCUCAUGGCAUUCCUGCUCUCCAGCAUGGCGGUGGCAGCAUCAUGCUGUGUGAACGUUUUGCCCAAGCAGGAUCUGAAUGACUCGAUAAGAAAACAGCAGCCAACUAUGCAGAGGUGUUUCAAGAAAGCCCGCUCCAGAAAGCUCUGGAACGAUUCAUCUUCCAACACGUCUAUGCACCGAAGCACACAGCCAGGAUAACAAAGGAAUGGCUUCAGGCCAAGCUGUGAAUGUCCUUGAGUAGCCCAGUCAGAGCUGGACUUAAAUCCAAAUAAUAAUCUCAGGGAAAGAUAUUAAAGUGGCUGUUUACUAAAGGUAACCAUCAGACCUGACUGGGGUUGAGGGAAUCUACCAUGAAGAAUGAUAGCUACUCAAAGCAGGUGUAUCAAGCUUGUAGAGAAAAAAAAAAGUAAGACAUGGGCGUGAAACAUCCAUCCAAUUUUCAAAUCUGUCUAAGUAACUAAUUUCCAUUAUAAUUUUGGGGUACUGUGUGUAGAUAUGUGUAAUAAAAAUCCUCAGAUCGAUUUUUAAAAAAGUUUCUACUACAAAGUGUGGAAUAAGCGAAGGGGUGUGAAUAAUUUCUGGUGGCACUGGAGUGCUUCUUCCUACAUUUUAGUUCCCCAGCUCGAGAGCCAAAACACAGGUUCUGUGCGCUCUGACAGCUUCUCUGUAUAAGAUCAGGAUCGGGGAUCAACCCCCCCACCCCACCCAACCCCCCACCUCCAAAUCGUAGCAGCAUUUUAAGGAGCAUAUUACUCUCCAGAUACUUCAUUAAUCUCCAUCACAGGUGCCAGCGCUGACACAGCUGACAGUGGAGACAAUGCCACCUGCUCUGCUCCCCCUGCUGCAGAUAAUGCAUGUUUUACAGUAGGCCAGAUGUCUACACUCAAUAAAACAUUUGACAAAAAACA